AUUCAGUAAAAACAAGUAAGUCUUCUUUGACCGCCGGCCAUCACCACCUUCCUCCUCCGUCUCCCUCCUCUUUCUUCCCUCCUUCUUCCUCCUCCUCCUCCUCCUCUCUCUGCAUAUUUAUACUGUCAUCGUUUUCAGGAAACGAAUGAUUGGACUUCAUUCAGUAUCUACUGAAUCUGAAAUGGUCGGAAUCAUUCCUCUGGACGACAUCCAAAGACUCGGUUGAUUCUGGUUCUCUUCUCCUUCGUUAUGGGGCUCUGCAUCUCCACCACCAGAGUCAGCGGCUCCAACAGCAACACAGCCGCCGCCGCCGCCAAUCAAAACCGCUGUGAGAUCGCGCGGCCGCAAGUGACCACGGCGACUGCGAAUAAGGCCAAUGAGAAGAACAAACAGAAGAUCGUAGGCGAGGCGGACGCGAACGCGAAGGCGAACACGAGGAAGAAGAAGCAGAGCGGGGCGAUCCCGUGCGGUAAGCGCACCGAUUUCGGGUACGCCAAGGACUUUGACCAGAGGUACACGAUCGGGAAGCUGUUAGGGCACGGUCAGUUCGGUUACACUUACGUCGCCACCGACAAGACCAAUGGAGAUCGAGUCGCCGUCAAGAGAAUUGAGAAGAAUAAGAUGGUUCUUCCUAUUGCUGUUGAAGAUGUAAAGAGAGAAGUCAAGAUAUUGCAAGCCCUGACAGGGCAUGAGAAUGUUGUUCAAUUUUACAAUGCCUUUGAAGAUGAUUCAUAUGUGUACAUAGUUAUGGAGUUAUGUGAAGGUGGUGAAUUACUGGAUCAGAUUUUGUCCAAGAAGGACAGCCGUUACACUGAGAAAGAUGCAGCAGUUGUUGUACGCCAGAUGCUCAAAGUCGCUGCCCAGUGUCAUUUACAUGGUCUAGUGCACCGUGAUAUGAAACCAGAGAAUUUCUUGUUUAAGUCAAAAAAAGAGGAAUCCUCUUUGAAAGCCACAGAUUUUGGCUUGUCGGACUUCAUAAAACCAGGAAAGAAGUUUCAAGAUAUUGUCGGUAGCGCCUAUUAUGUUGCUCCUGAGGUAUUGAAACGCAAAUCAGGACCCGAAUCAGAUGUGUGGAGUAUUGGUGUGAUAACAUACAUCCUACUGUGUGGAAGGCGUCCCUUCUGGGACAAGACUGAAGAUGGUAUAUUUAAGGAGGUCUUGAAGAGCAAACCUGAUUUUCGACGCAAACCUUGGCCAAGCAUAAGCAGUAGUGCCAAAGAUUUUGUUAAGAAGCUACUGGUAAAGGAUCCGCGAGCUAGACUAACUGCUGCUCAGGCCCUUUCACAUCCUUGGGUCAGAGAAGGGGGAAGUGCGUCGGAAAUACCUAUUGACAUAUCUGUUCUGCACAAUAUGAGGCAAUUUGUGAAGUACAAUCGUUUCAAACAAUUUGCUUUGAGGGCUUUGGCCAGCACCCUAGACGAAGAGGAACUGGCUGAUCUCAAGGAUCAGUUUGAUGCAAUUGACGUAGAUAAAAAUGGUUCCAUUAGUCUUGAAGAAAUGAGACAGGCCCUCGCUAAAGAUCUUCCUUGGAAGUUGAAGGAACCACGUGUUUUGGAGAUUCUCCAAGCUAUCGAUAGCAAUACAGAUGGGCUAGUGGAUUUCCAUGAGUUUGUUGCUGCCACUUUACAUGUGCAUCAAUUGGAGGAACACGACUCUGAGAAGUGGCUGCAGCGAUCACAGACUGCUUUUGAGAAAUUUGACCUCGAUGGUGAUGGGUAUAUAACUCCAGAAGAGCUAAGAAUGCACACCGGCCUAAAAGGUUCUAUCGAUCCACUUCUUGAGGAGGCUGAUAUUGACAAAGAUGGGAGGAUUAGUUUAUCAGAAUUUCGCAGGCUGCUGAGAACUGCUAGUAUGAGCUCAAAUACCGUCACCAGCCCAUCAAAUUUCCGGAAUUCACGUAAGAUGUAGUUUAGGACUAUGUAUAUUCUCUUGUUCGGAGCGUCGGGAAUUUUCUUCUUGUUUUCCCCCACAAAUUGUAAGUGGUGAUCAUGAGUAUCGUAUC